AUGGAAUUAACUCUCAAUACCGAGGCCCGGGGAGACGAGAAUCAGGAUGACGUUGCUGCCUGGGAAGUAGAAGAGGGGAUACCCCAAGUUGAAGACCAGUUCAUCCAAAAAUACUUACAAGGGAGGAAUUCCUUGAUUCAAGAAGAGAAAAAACAGAGGCAUGAUGCCCACUUUCAAAAAUGCAUGUCAGUUUCAACAAAGGAGGCAUGCCGGAUUAUCUCACAUAUUCGUGAUAGAGAACUAAAGAGCGUCUGGAAUAAGGAAGCGGAGGAACAUGUAGCAAAGACGCAGGAUACGGUGCUUUACCCGGGAAUGAUGUUCCGACUAGCCAAGGAUAAGAUGGAAGGAACAGAUUUAUGGAAAAUAGUGAAGAAGAUGCCAAAAGGAGCUUUAUUACACGUCCAUCUGGAGGCUAUGGUUGACUUGGAUGUCCUGAUAAACCAAGUGCUGUCACUCCCUGGCAUUCACAUUGCGUCAGACCAACCGUUGAUAGCGGGAGCCCUCCAACUUUCCCCUUUACGACUUCAGUAUUUUUCCAAGCCACAAAAUGUUGGGUCUGGAUCCGACGCGACUAGCAUCUGGAGUUCAACGUAUAAACCACAGCUGUUCAUUCCAGUAAAAGAGGCAGCCGAAAAAUUCCCAGGUGGUGGAGUCAAAGGGUUUCGUGAUUGGCUUAAAGGGAGAUGUACUAUCGAGAAAGAGACAUCCUUGAGCCAUCAUCAUGGAUGUGCGGCUAUCUGGGAAGUACUUGAUCGAAAAUUCCAGGCAGUAGAUGCAAUGCUCUACUAUGAGCCAAUAUUCCGAGCAUGUCUCAAACAUAUGCUAGCGGAGCUAAACGAAGAUGGCAUUCGAUAUGUUGAAUUCCGGCUAGCAUUUGAAUUUGAAUAUCGCCGUGAUAAGUGUGAAGAACCUGACUCCAACUUUGACUCCCUAUUUGAGGCGUUUGGAGAAGAGAUAGAAAGAUUUAAAGCCUCAGAAGCAGGCCAGGGAUUCCACGGCGCGCGGAUGAUAUGGACGACCAUGCGACGCUAUACGAACCGUGACAUUGUGGAGAGCAUGAAAGAGUGCAUACUCACUAAGCUGCAGUUCCCUGAGCUCAUAUGCGGCUUUGACCUGGUCGGGCGUGAAGAUGACGGGAGGCCGCUAGUUGACAUGAUUCCAGUGCUAUUCUGGUUCAAAAAACAGUGUGCUGUGGAGGGAGUCGAGAUCCCGUUCAUGUUUCACGCAGGAGAGUGCCUGGGAGACGGCGAUGAGACAGAUUCGAACCUGUACGAUGCUAUUCUCCUUGGUUCUCGCCGAAUUGGUCAUGCAUUCUCGCUCUACAAGCACCCCCUGCUGAUCGACCUGGUCAAGGAGAAGAAGAUUAUGGUGGAAUGCUGUCCAAUCUCGAACGAAGUGCUACGGUUCACUAGUUCCAUCAUGUCACACCCGCUUCCGGCCCUGCUGGCUAGAGGCGUAGCUGUGUCACUCUGCAACGAUGACCCGACGAUGCUCGGCCACGGCAAGAACGGACUUACCCAUGACUUCUGUCAGGUUCUGAAUGGACUUGAGAACGUUGGUCUUUCGGGCCUUGCUACCAUGGCCGAGAACUCGCUGAGAUGGAGCUGCUUCGAGGACCAAGACAACGCGGCCUGGCUUGCAGACAUCAAGCGAGGAAUAACCGGAGCCGGAAAGAAGAGCGAAUUCAUACGCAACUGGCACAUCGAGUUUGAGCAGUUCUGUCAGUGGGUGAUUCUCGAAUUUGGCUCCGACGUUCCAGGCCAUGAGUAA